AUGAUAUGCUUAAAUAUCUAUUUCUGGUUGCUGAGGUUGAGUUCAAAAAUCAAGUAUGAUAAUUUGGAUAAAUUAAAUGAAGAGCUUCUCGAGGCCUGUGUCCACCCAUUUUUUGAUCAACUCCGUGAUCCUAAUGCUCGUCUCCCUAAUGGGCACCAUUUGCCAUCUCUAUUCAACUUCAAGCCUCAAGUCUGGCACAUUACACUCUCGAAACUCCUGACUGACUAUUGA